CCGACGCACGCUGGCGAGGGCUUCACCUCUCCCCGCGCCGCCUCCGGAUCGAACGCCCACUAGGGUUUGCUCUGCCUCUCUCGCGCCUCGCCUUCCGCCGCCGAUGGCCCAGCGCUGGCGCUCCAGGGUGCGGCGCGACCCGGACCUGGACGAAGACGGAGGCUCCCCGCCUUGGUCCCGGCGGCGGGGCGACGAGGAGGACGAGGAGCUGGGGAACGAGGACCUCAGCCUCGAGAUCGUCGCGCGAGCCGCGCAGCAGAACCGGCGGCGGCGCGGGUCGGCGGGAUUGGCCGACGUGCUGUUGCUGUCGUCUGGCGACGAGGAGGAGGUCGACGAGGGCGCCGUGGUGGAGCUCGGCGAGGCGGCGGAGCCCCUGAGGAAGCAGAGGAAGAAGCAGCGGCGCAAGCAGAAGAAGAAGCAGCGCAAUGAGGCGACCGGGGCGGCGGCGGCCGCCGCGGUCGCCGUCAAGGAGGAGGUGGAGGAGGUAAGCGUUGGUGGCACCCAGGACGGACCAAUUGGGACAGCAGAAUCGGUGCUAACUGAAGAUGGGGUUGAUGUUCCUGCAUCCGACAAUAUGGUUCUGCGGAAGCUUCUUCGUAUACCAAGAUACUUCGAUCCUGGGGAAACUUUGUUGGCGACUUGCUUUAAUUGUGGUGAGGAAGGCCAUGUAGCUGCAAACUGCCUAAUGGAAAAGCGGAAGAAACCUUGCUUUGUUUGUGGAUUGUUUGGGCACAACGCAAAGCAAUGCACACAGGGUCAAGACUGUUUUAUCUGCAAAAAAGGAGGUCAUAUGGCAAAAGACUGCCCUGACAAGCACAAGAGGAACAACCAGCAAUCCACUUUGUGUUUAAGAUGCGGAGAAACAGGUCAUGAUAUGUUUGGAUGUGUCAAUGAUUAUCCACCGGAUGAUAUUAAGGAAAUAAGAUGCUAUUUGUGUAAGCAGAAUGGUCAUCUAUGUUGUGCCGACUUCUCUGAUAAUUGUCCUAAAGAAAUCACCUGUUACAAUUGUGCUCAACCUGGUCACUCUGGUUUGGGAUGUGCCAAGCAACGCAGGGAAACUAUUGCUGUGACAACUCCAACCUUGUGCUACAGAUGUGGUGAGGAAGGUCAUUUUGCACGUGGCUGCACAAAGAUUGCCAAGUCCGAUCGGUCGAAAGGCGAGUCAUCAUCACAUAGUCAGAGAAAGGAUAAAAGGAAAAAUGAUUUCAGUGCUAGAUCAGCUCCUUAUGAUUCCCGUAAAUCAAGUAAAAGGAAAAGCCCCCAUUUUGAGGAAAAAAUGGAUACACCUCGGCAUAAAUCCAAAGCUAGGGGUGGUUGGAAUGGUGGUGAUGAUCUAGAUGAUCUACCAUUCAAGUACAAAUCCAAUGGGUGGGCUUCUCCAUCUACUCCCAAGAAGCCAUACAGUAACCACCAAUACUCCUCUAGCCGUGACUACUUCACUCAGUCUUCACGAAGGCACAACCAUGGUUAUGCGUCACCGGGCUCAAAUUAUUCAUCAGGUGCAAGGAAGCACGGGUUCUCAUCGUCAAGAUUCACCACCAGCAACACCCAUGUCCGUUUCGGAAGAAGUUAGCUGGAUGCGUGUUUCUAAUUAUGUUGUUCCUUCAACAAUCGAUUAUCACCACUUGGGGAUGAACUCAACCUGUAGGUUCAUUCCCUUCAAGUGUUGUUUGUCUUUGUGAUUAUACAUAUUGCGGUUCCAUUCUGCUAUGACUCUAAGCAAAGCUUUCUUGGUGUUGUA